UUCUGAUAAGCGCCACAGCGUCUUUUGUAUUCCGAAAAAACACUGUGACGUUGGUUUCUUUAUGGCCAUGACCCUUAUUUGCAAAACACUAGAGCCGAAACUCCGUGGUCCUUUAUACUUCUUUGGUGUCUAUUUUAUUUGCUCAUUCUACCAAGUUGUGAAUAUAAAGGUAGUCGUACACGGAACUAAACUCCAUUUUUAUUGCGCAUCAAAAAGCAAUACCAAUUUGUAGUUUACGGGAAAUUUAUACACGGACAUCAACGAGUUUAUUUUGCGAGCGACCUGUCCCAGACAUGAAGCUUGUUCUUCGUUUGACGACUUUGUCACAGGUAUUCCUUUUGGUAUGGGCGACUGCUUCUGUCCAGUUCAAGUUUGUAUCUUUCUACAAUUCCGACCAUAAUGAUUAUGACGGUGGUUGUUGCGAUGACUUCUUUGGUGGCUGCGAUGACUUCUGUGAUAACUACUUCUUUGUGUGUAUCGACGGCGACGAUACAGGUCCCUUGGGUACAUCCUGCGACAUGGCAGCUAUCACAACAGCGAAACUGCACGAGGAUAACGACAACUUCAACUUCCCCUCCACCAUACCCAACCUGAUAGCGAACCCGUACACCAUACGUGUCGACUCCUGGUCGGGCAGCAUGGAAGUCUUCGUUCGAGUCUGGGAUCUGGAUACCCAGAAUAAUGAUGACGAGAUUGAUCGUGAUAGAAGGACCAUUUACAAAGCGGCUGCACGGAGUCUAUCGGGCGCGACGUGGCAGCAGUAUAGGCUGGGCUCACGGUCACAGAUCGACUUCAGUUUUCAAGUGAGGGUGUAUUGCGACAGUUAUUACUAUGGCUCCGACUGCAGUGUGCACUGUAUUCCCAGGGAUGACCAGUAUGGACAUUACCGAUGUGACUCAAAUUCGGGAGCCAAAAUUUGCUACAGUGGCUGGGAAGGAUCCAAUUGCGAGCUCGAUAAAAACGAGUGCCUGUCUUAUCCUUGUGCUAAUGGCGCAUGCGUCAACGGGGCCGAUCAAUUCAGCUGCUUCUGCUCAGAUGGCUGGACUGGAACGACAUGCAACAUCGACGUGGACGACUGCGCAUCCACGCCGUGCAAAAAUGGCGGGACUUGCCACGAUCACGUGGCAUUCUUCACCUGCGCAUGUCCCCCUGGUUUUGUGUACGCGGAUGUGUUCUGUGAGUACGACGACUGCGCUGGUCAGCCGUGUCAGAACGGAGCCACGUGUAAUGAUCUGAUUGAACAGUUCCAGUGUGUGUGUCCUCUGGGUUAUUUUGGAGAUCUGUGCGAGGUCGACAUCGAUUUCUGCAUCAACCAAACCUGCGCCAAUAACGGCACGUGCGUUGACCGAGUGGACGGGUUUCACUGUCUGUGCGAGACGGGCUACGAGGGCUUCUUGUGUGACGUGGACACAGACGAAUGUAGUUCCAGUCCGUGCCUUCACAAUGGGACGUGUCAUGAUCUCAUUGGGAAAUAUCAGUGUGCAUGUCAAGAAGGAUAUGAGGGAACACACUGCGAUCUGGAGACGGACGAGUGCCUGAGCUCCCCGUGUAGAAAUAACGCAACUUGUGAGGACGAGUUCGCUGGAUACCACUGUCACUGUGUCGACGGGUACGAUGGUGACACGUGCGAGAUGGACAUAGACGAAUGUGCCUCGAACCCAUGCUAUGCCAAUGAGACCUGCGUGGACGAGAUCAACGGUUUCUGGUGUCUGAGGUUGAAUCUGUGUGAUUACGAUCCGUGUAUGAACAACGCCACUUGCGUGGACGAUUACCCGGGGUUCAUCUGCGAAUGCGCGGCAGGUUACGGCGGGAAGACGUGCGACCAAGACAUCGACGAGUGUGCCAGCUCGCCGUGUCUACGGGGCACAUGCACCGAUCACCUGGACGGGUACACCUGCCUCUGCCCGCCGGGCUACGGCGGAGAAAAGUGCCACAGUGAAACCAACGAGUGCAACAGCUCACCCUGUCUGAACGGGACUUGCUGGGAUCUCAUCAACGGCUACGUUUGCAACUGCACCGCGGGGUAUGAAGGCGUGCUGUGUCAGAACGAAAUAGAUGAGUGUGCUAGCUCGCCGUGUCUACACCAGGGCACCUGCACCGAUUACCUGAACGGGUACACCUGCCUCUGUCCGCCGGGAUACGGCGGAGAAACGUGCCACAGUGAAACCAACGAGUGCAACAGCUCACCCUGCCUGAACGGGACUUGCUGGGAUCUCAUCAACGGCUACGUUUGCAACUGCACGGCGGGGUAUGAAGGCGUGCUGUGUCAGAGCGAAAUAGAUGAGUGUGCUAGCUCGCCUUGUGAGCAUGGAACGUGUGUGGAUGAGUUGAAUGCCUACAGAUGUGAAUGUGAUGUGUUUUACGAGGGCACUCAGUGUGACACGGUGAUAGAUAAGCCAUGCGCCCUCAAAGACCCACCGUGUCAGAAUGGUACAUGUGAAAACACCAACAGCGCUAACGAUUACAAUUAUAAAUGCACCUGUGAUGACGGCUUCUAUGGAACAAAUUGCGACAUAGAUUCAAAACUGUACGGUGCCGUCGUCUUCGUGACAGGAAAGCUGGAAGAUAAGUCUGCAUUUGAGACCAAAUUGGCCAAUCUGCUGCAGAAACUCUACGCACCUCAAUCGCGCGUGCGCAGAGACACCGGAGAAACUGUGUCGGUGAAAGUAGUUCUGACAGAGGACUAUGUCAAAUCUACCGAUAGCUCACCUCUGACUAAAGUGACCUUUCUAGCUUGGACUGAGUCGGGUUACUUACAGAAGGACACCAUUGAGGCUUGGAUUGAUGGGGCGUCAACGGAUCUUCCUGCCCAGUACGGCCUCGAUAUCUACAAGGGAUCUGCGGAGCCAUUCACCGGGAACCCGUCAGAGAACUGGAUCGGUUCCAACUGGUACAUCAUUCUAGUCGUUGUCGUUGUUGUGGCUUCGGUUGUUGCGGUCGGGGUCAUCUCCUACCGAAAAGGAUACAUCAAUCGAGCCAAGGAUGCUGCGAUCAAGUACCAAGGCCGCGACCGGGGCCAAUCGGCCCUGCCGCUGGAUCUGGAGACACCUUACAAUACCCGCAUCGGGGAGGGGGACAUCGCCUACAGUACCCGCAUCAGGGAUGACGCCCCUACUCUGCCCAAAAGACCCGCCCGUCCCAACAUGGUGGAGUCCUUCAACCCCGCGUACAUAUCGAGCUGUGAGCAGCCUGACCUCUGUGGGUCUGCCGCCGCCUGUGCCGACGACUCAGGCUUCUUCGUUGCCUUAGAUGGGGGCAAGGAGAAGGCAGACAACCACUACGCCGAUAUUCCCGCGCUUAAGGCCGAAGCUAUUGCUAAGGAGAACCCGUACAAUGAAAUAGGACAUUCGUCAGUGGCGUAAAUCCAUUCUGGCGAGUGGGGCGGAUGGGGGAUGACCAUACGGCCAAAUCCUAAAAUUGCCCGGCGGUGGGAAUUCUAAAGGGGGGGGGGGGGGUUGACACUAUGCAACAUUCACGAAACAAAAUGAUGUUUAUGUAAUGGAAACAUGCGUUUAUACGUCCCUUAAACCCCGGCCAACCUCAAUCCUCCAAAAUCCCCCUGGCGGUUUUGGAAGAUUGCGGAUGAAUGGUGUUUGCAGUCGAGUAUUGAGGAUGAAUGCAUUUUGAGCGGCAGGACUGUCUGACAAUUUUGAAGGGUUAAGGCGCUGGGUAUCCUUUAUUUGAGCAUGAGUGUAAACUUUUGGAGGAUUGAGGAUGGUUCCUAGCAAAAUGGGCCUAGGGGUUAUUAAAGGGCAUUAAAAGCUUGUUCUCCGCGUUUUUGUUGCAAAACUAUUUUAUUAAUUUGGACAAUUGGGAAGAUUUUUUGGGGUUUCUCAUCUUCAAAAA